CAAGAAAAUUGACAUUCUCUGAUAUUAAAAAUUAUGAAUUCGUCCAGUGCCGUUUCUUACUUUACACAAGUCGAGAAUGUUUUUCGACUGCUUUCUCUACUCAAUCUUACUGCAUACGAGUGGCCAAAGCAAGCAUGCGUUCAAAAUGGAUCACAGUUUGAUUUCAUAGUAGUAGGAGGAGGAACAGCAGGAUGCCUACUUGCUAGUAGACUUGUAGAGACAGGGCAAGCCAGUGUAUUGCUUAUAGAAGCUGGAUCUUAUCCUCCAUUGGAGUCAGAUAUGGCAGGAUUAUUUCCAUACCUAAAAGACAGUAGGUAUGAUUGGAAUUUCACAUCAACCAAAGAUGGCAUAUCAGAAGAAUAUCAUAGAGGCAAUGUCAUACACAUGUCACAAGGAAAAAUGUUAGGUGGCUCUGGUUCCUUAGGCUUCGGAUGCUAUGGACGAGGGUAUCUCCACGAUUUCAAUAAUUGGGCAAACGUUACGAAUGAUCCAACCUGGUCCUACAAGUCUGUCUUAAAAAUAUUCCAAAAAAUUGAAAAACUCAUUGAUGAAAGAAUCCUUAAAAUAAAGAAUUAUUACGGAACUAAAGGAAGAAUUGAAAUAACAAAACAAUAUUACAAAAGAAACCGUCCAUAUUUUGAUGCUCUUGAAGAAAUGGGAUAUAAAUAUCAUCUAGAUAUAAAUCCGGAUCAUCCCACUGGAUUCACUAAUCUUAUGUUUAAUAUAGGUGAUGAAUUGCGACAAACAACAGCUCAAAAGUACUUAAGACCUCUGAAACAUAACAAAAAGUUACAUCUCCUUAUAAACACUUUAGCUACUAAAAUAGUUUUUGAUGAAAAUAAAACUGCCGUUGGUGUAGAAAUAUUGACAGAUAACAACGAAAUAAUUACUGUUCGAGCAAGAAAAGAGGUUAUAGUUACAGCUGGUAAUAUCAAGUCACCGCAUCUACUGAUGCUUUCGGGUAUUGGACCGAAAGAAGAAUUGGAAGCUAAAAAUAUCACAGUGAUAUCGGAUUUGCCCGUAGGAAAAAAUUUUCAAGAUCACGUUAACAGUAUGUUGGUUUACAGAAUGACGAAAAGUUCUCAUGCACACGCUCUUGGGGAUCCUAACAGAUAUCCUUAUGUAGUUUUUGUUGGCUAUCCUGCUCUUAACAAGUCCCAAUGUUACCCAGACUAUCAAACAAUUAACGCACACUUUGGCGACAGUAUUACAUUCUUAGCCAUAUGCGCGUUUUUCUUUAGUUUCGACAACACAUUUUGUGAUUCAUUUAACGAAGGCGCUGAUGACAAAGAAAUAUUCUUAACAUUUAUCACUUACCUAAAUCCUUUAUCGCGAGGAGAGAUUCUUCUAAACAGUGCAGAUCCUCAGGACUAUCCUUUGAUAAUCCCAGGUUAUUAUUCCAAUCCCAUAGAUAUAGACAAACACGCCUCUUAUUUGGCUGAUUUUGAUCGUAUAGUGAAUACUACAUAUUUCAAGGCGGUUGAUGGUGAGUUUGUCGAUCCAAAAUUGAAGGCUUGUGAUGGUCUGGAGCGAGGUACUAUGGAAUACUGGAAAUGUCAUGCUGUAGAAACUUCAGAUACUGCACAUUACUUUGUUGGAACUUGUGCUAUGGGAACUGUUUUAGAUUCGAAGCUUCGAGUUAAUGGUGUUAAGAAACUGAGAGUUUGUGACGCUAGUGCUAUGCCGAACAAUAUCAGAGAUUUCACUCAGGCCUCUGUCAUGAUGAUAGCUUACAAAGCUGCCGAUAUGAUUAUUGACGAUUAUGACUUAAAAUAAUGUUUUACUACAGUUGUGUCCACAUUUAUUUUUAUUUUGGUUUUAGUUUGAAGUGUAAAACUAAAUAGAUCUUUGUUCUUGAGCAACAUAGAGCUCAUUUUGAUACAAAUAAUUAAACACAUUAAAUUAUCGUUUUUUUUUUCGUUUUUUAUUAUAAAUUGUCUGUUGUCAAAUUAAUGCAAUGUAAAGUUUCCGUUUCAAUAACGUGCAUAUCUUGUCGAACGUGUUCAUUAUCGAUAAUUAUAUAAUUAGCAUUAUUUUGUACUUACUGCUUACUUUUACAUUUAUUACCGCAGUAUUCAUUUUGUAAUUCCUAACCUAUCUAUGUAUCCUAUUAUAAAUGUAAAAGAUAGUUUUAUUACAACUGAUAUUCAGGUAACACUAAAGCAGGUAGGUAAUAAAGUUUUUAUGUAAAAU